CAAAUAGUUACACAUUUUAGCUCGUGAUUGGUCGACGUAGAAAUAAGCGGUAGACGGCUUCGUCUUCCAAAUCUACAAAAUGAAUAUUUUUGGAGUAAAUUUAAUUGUUAUUUCGAGUUCCUGUGUUUAAAAUGGUCAAAUAAUAUAUUUCAAACACAUUAAUUUAUCUGUGUCGACCAUGUUGUCACGUCUUCUGAGACAAUUUCUGUUUACAUUAGUGCAUUUGGUUGUGAAUAUACUUGUUGCUGUUCAAAAUGUUUAUUUGGGGCUAUUUAAUAAUAAAAUACACUUAUCCGUGGAUAAGGUUACGAAUGAAGAUAUUCUCAAGCUGAUAGAAUGUUCUCCAAAGAUGCAAAAGAAGCUGAAACAUUUAGUGGUGUUGGCAAACACUAGCCACCACUCCAUGUGUGACUUAGCCCGUAUAGUCAUUUGGAGUCUAGUCCUGGGGGUUCCGUAUAUCAGUUUCUAUGAUGUCACAGGGGAAUUACAAUCAAACGACGAAGCCCUCUUCUUCGAAAUUCAAAAAAGUAAAAAAGGCAUUCCCGGCUGUAUAAAGUUCUCAAAUAAACCAAAUUUAAAUGGAUAUACUAAUGGAAGCCAAGCUAAUACUAUUGUCAUUAAUAUUUUUAAUACCAGUGAUGGAAGAGAAAAAAUUGCCAAAUGUAUACAAGGUAUUGCUAAGAAUUCUUUAGUCGAUAAAGUUCCAUUGAAUGAGUUCACUGUACAAGAAUUUAAUAAAGCUCUUUCUAAUGUUUAUCCCUGCAUUCCUGAUCCAGAAGUUGUUUUGUAUACAGGCCGUUUGUGCUGUACCCAUGGUCUUUUGCCUUGGCAAAUCAGACUGUCAGAGUUUAUACCACUCUCAUUAUUUCACUCCAUUCAUGUUGAUGAUUAUAUAAAUGCUAUAUACAAAUAUAAUAAAUGUGAUCAGAGGUUUGGUAAAUAGACCACAACGCUACUUAACCACAGGCCUACACUAGCAAAUUGUAAUUGAAUAAUUAUUAUAAUGUAAAGACAGAAUUUGUAAAUGUUUAGUUUAAUAUUGAUUAGUUUUUAUAAGGAAAAAUGUGAUAAAACUUAGUGUCUCAACAUAAUUUCAUAUGUAAGCCUUUAUGAAUGCAUUUUUAAUGUAAAAAUAUAUUUAAUGUUUCAUUUUAGCAAUAAUUAUGUAUUGUGUAUUCAGCAUAAUAGUUGAGCAUGAAAUGAAAUCCCAUUUUUUAAUUAUUUUAUCCAUAAGUCUUGUGACAUACCUGCGUUUGUGAACAAAUAAAUUAACUAUAACAAACAGUUUGCCAGGGCGAGAUUUCUUCGGUGCCCAGGGUGCUGAUAGUGCUGAAAAAAAUUGCCGCUACUGCAGUUUGCUAUCACAACCUUAUGACUAUUUAUUGUAGGAACUAGAAAACAUCUUACAUAUUGUAGAUAUUUAUAUUUAAAAGUAAAAAAGAUAAUCAAAAUAUUAUGUUUUA